GAUAAGUCAUCUAUCGUGGUGUACAUAGGGACGAACAUAUGCUUACAUUGAGGAUAAUGUAGGUUGAAGUAUGCCCGUCAGAGUGUGUUUCAUGUUGCAAUUUGACACCCCGCUGGUCUUUUAGUACCUCGCGUCCCUCAAACAGCUCUCUCCCUUGUCUACAACUAUACCUAGCAUGGCUGAGGUCUCAAUCUUGCAGUUAGCGCUCAUUAUAGGACUAAUGUCUGCCUUGAUGCUCUCUGGGAUAUGCUGGUGCUUCUGCUGCGGUACUUGCGUCGGCAGAGACAUGUUACGAAUGAUCGGCGCGUCAAGAUUUAUUCCUCCUUCUCACCGUGACUAUCGCCACCAGGGAUAUCACAUGCCGCCGGACGACGAAUAUGAUGAAUACCAAGGGUCGGGGCAACAAUGGGAAAUGAAUCAAUAUCCAUUCAACAGUCAUCAACUUGAAGUUUGAGCUUUAUUGA